ACUUGCCAAUUAACUUCCUCAAUAGUUUUUGGUUUUCCAAAUUUUGCUUUCGUUUUUAAAUGCUAUAUUAAUGCUGGAUUAAGUUUAUUCAAACUUCUAAAAGAAAGGUUUUUUCUAUGUGAACUAUGUCGGUCGGCAUUAGAGUUGUUCGUGGUCCAGACUGGAAUUAUGGAGACAAAGAUGGCGGAGAAGGUCACGUGGGCUCAAUCAUCGCUGUCAGUCAAGAUAAUUCCUGUGAUGUAGUAUGGGACAAUGGCCGUGAAAUGAAGUGUAACAUCGGAAAAGGAGGAAAACGUGAUCUGAGAGUCGUGGACAAUGCACCAGCAGGUGUAAAGCACUUAGGUGUACAAUGUGACGAAUGUAAACAGAGAACUGUGAUAGGAACACGUUGGAAGUGUUCCGAAUGUCACGACUAUGAUUUGUGUACUAUUUGUUACUAUGGUGACAAACACAAUCUGAGCCAUCAAUUUCUUAGAAUUAACAAGCAGUCGAGUAAACCAAUAAAGCUUCCUAAGAGAGCAACAUCACAGAGGAUGAGAGCCUUGGGGAUAUUUCCAGGAGCUGUAGUUUUGCGGGGUAAAGAUUGGUCCUAUGGUUCACAAGAUGGCGGGCAAGGGUCGGAAGGCAAAGUAACAGAAUUAAGAAACUAUGGUGGCGACACUGGUGCACGGAAUGCCGUCAAGGUCAAAUGGAAAAACGGAGAAAUUAAUGUUUAUAAAUUAGGAGCUGGCGGAAAAGUAGAUCUUAAGUUUAUGGAACCAGGAGUGGGAACAGAUUAUUACAGGGAUCAUUUGGAUAUACCUGAUUCAGUGGACGUACCUACUAAACAAACAGAUUCCUCUGCGAGAAUAACGAUAGAAACCAGCACUUUUGAGGGGAACGAAAGUAGCACUGAAGAAGCAGAAACUUCCUCUGUAGACACGGUGUUACACGUAGGAGAUCGUGUAUGUGUUUUCAUUCCUGCAGAAGACUUAAAACAGGUGCAGCGUGGACGUGGUGGAUGGAGCAUGCGCAUGACUGAGUGUAUUGGGCGGAUAGGAAAAGUGAAGAAUAUAGAAUCAGACGAAAUCAUUGAAGUUGAAUAUGAUGGCAAUACAUGGCAAUUCUACCAAGGAGCACUUAGAAAAGUUUAUGACAUUAAACCAGGAGACACAGUAAAGAUCCUUAGUGAACCAAAGACUGUAGAAUUGUUACAGAAAGGUCAUGGUGGUUGGGAAGAUGCAAUGAUAAAGGCAUGUGGGAAAAUAGGAAAAGUUGAGAAGAUAGAUAGUGAUGGUGAUGUCGUUGUACAGUUUGGUCAGCAAGUCUGGGUCUAUAGUCCUGCCUCUAUGAUACCUGCUCCAGGAAAGAAAGUUGAUACACUUGAAGGCAAACAGGAAACAUCGUUUGCAACCUCAAGACGUGGUGCUGAGAAUGUUCAAGAUGACCUUGCAGAUAGCCUUGCUCGGUUGGUAGCAAACCUGGUAGUUUUAGGUCAUCAACAAAGACUCCAAACCAUUGGCCCAGAGCAAAUGAUACAGGCGUGUGCUAAAGGUGAUAUUGCAUCAGUGCAACAACUUAUAAAAAUGAAGAAAGAUUUGGUCAAUUGUAAGUUUAAAGAUCUGACGCCAUUAAUGAUAGCAAGUCAUGAAGGACAUAUGGAUAUUGCCAAAUUAUUACUAGCCAGUGGUGCUAACAUCAACACAAAGACUAGCGAAAAUAAUACAGCACUACUUACAGCAGCAGCAGGUAAGAAAGAAAUGCUGGCAUUGUAUUUGGUUUCCCAAGGAGCAAGUGUAACAGAAAUUGCUAAAAAUGGAAGAAGUCUCGCUCAUCAUGCUAGUUAUUGUGGAAUGUUUGCUCUUUUAAAAGCUGUUUUAGAAAAAGGAUGUGAUCCGAACGUGCAGGAUAUUGAGGGUGAUACUGCUCUUCACGACGCCAUUGCUAAAGGACACGAUAGAGCAGUCAACAUUCUACUGAGUCAUCCGAAUAUUAACAUGACUCUUGUCAACAAGAAAGGUUUCCAUCCACUUGUGUUUGCUGCUUUUAAGGAAAAUGAAUUUGCUGUAGAAAAACUUCUAGACAAAUCACAAAGUUUAAUGAAGAUGACAAAGUCUGACGGGUCAUCAGCACUGCAUAUUGCUGCAAUCAACGAUCAUCGCCAGGUUGCAUCCAUCCUACUAUUAAAGGGUAAAGCAAAUGUAAACUUUAAGGAUAAACAAGGAUUGACACCUUUGCAUUUAGCUUGCCAUGAAGCUUACUUUGAGAUGGUCAAGUUGUUGAUACAGAACGGAGCUGAUGUAAAUAUAAAGGACAAUGAUGGUGAUACACCUUUACAUCUUAUUCUUGGUAUUCAACAAAGACCACCGGUGACGGGGCUUCUUGGAUUAAUGCUGAUGGCUCAGCCAAAUGAUGACAAUGAUCGUUUCAAAAUAGCCUGUUUAUUGAUGGAAAAUAAAGCAAACAUUCAAACGACCAACAACAAUGGUAAAACACCUCUUCAAGUUUGUCGAAGUCAGAGAGUAAAGAAUGCAGUUGAAAACUACAUACGACAAAAGCAACCGCAACAACAGAAACCAGCGGCAACACGGGGAGCCACGGGAGAUCCCUUUGUAGACUUACUGGCGGCAUUGUUAGUCAAGCCGUGUGCAAAUUGUAGAGAGAAUGUUGCUAAUGCAAAGUUCGUACCAUGCGGGCACAAACUAGUAUGCGAAGAGUGCAGUUUGAGAUUUAAUGUAUGUCCACAAUGUAGGUCGCCAGUACAAGCAAGGCUUGAUAAUCAAGGAAGACGGAUUGUUCUUGAAGAUCCUUGUCAAGUUCAAUGAAUAAACUGGACUGUAAAACGUAAAAAUGAAAGCUAUUUUCUUGUGUAUCAUGUGAUGUAGAUUGUACUAUUCAAUAUUUGAUUAUCAAUGAUAAUCAAUGUAUAUUCUUAGUUUAGUGGUUAAUAUAUGAAAUGUAACGUAUAUUUCAGAAGAGUUUAGUUAUUCAAUUUAAUAUUAAUAUUUUUCUGUUAUUUCACAUGCACUUAACAUUGAAUGUCAUCCAUAUUGUAUUGUUUUACAUCUUCUUCUGCUACAUGUAUUAUCUCGGAUUCAUUUACCGUAGUUUGGGGUACACCAAUUUAGACUUUAAUGAUAUUUUGUUUUUAUUUGUAAUUUUUCUAUUUCAAACAAUUAAAGUAUAUGCAUGAACUACAUACAAAAUAAUACAUGUAAGAUAUACACUAUCAUUAUUAUAAAUACUUUAUCGUUGGAAAUAGUAGACAUUUUCUAUAGAACAGAUCAAAAGAAAAAAGUAAAAAAAAAAUAUAAAAAUAAAUAGAUAAAUAAAUAGUGAUAAGUAACAGAUAGUAUAGAUGUGGAAAAUGAAGAAGAAUGAAAAGAAAGAAUUAAAAAAAAAGAAACAGAAUUAUCCAGUUACAUCCCUAUCAAUAUUACUUUUCUCUUUUCUAACAGCCAGCAACACAGGUCAAGAACAUUUCAUGAAAAUUAUAUAUUCUUUACAAUAAAUUAUUGGUUGAUAGUCAUUAGCAUGUAUUAACUUAAAGGAUUUUAAUAACUUUCCACAUAUUGUCAAAUUCAGUUAUUUAUUUAAUUUUUUACAGCUAUAUUACUCUCUAAUUUGUACAUAUCUUUCUUUUUAUGUUGAUUGCUUGCAGUGAGAGAUUCUUUUAAAAGCAUCUAGAAUUAUACAUAUAUUGUUUAAUAUAAUUAAAAAUCAUGUUGUUUACGGUUGUUAGGGAAUAUUUUGGAGAAAGCUCCAAAACGAAAGUUUAAUUUAUGCAUUGGGAGACUUAUUCCACCGGAAAGAAACCAGUUAUCAAUAUCUUGUAGAAAAUUUGGUACAGCAAUUCCGAAAGAGAUGUUCUAUAGACCCGUUUUCUGUUUUACAAAAUGUACAUAAAGGAUUAUACAUAAGUUUUAUUGUAACUAGAUUUGCUGCAAUGAUGCAGUGGUUAAUCCUGUACGGCAACCACUGUAAUUUACUAUUUUUAGUAACAGCAAUUGACAGUCUGAAAAUAUUUUUUCCAGUUCAGAUUCUGUUCGCCUAAAAGUUUAACCCGUUUUAACUCUCCAGUAGGAAUAACAUUAUUUCUAGUCAGUGCAGAAUACAUAUCUUUAGUGAUAUUGCUAGCUGACUAAUUGAAUGAUUUGAUUGCUCUUUGGUAUCUUCUUACCAUUUCCAUAGAUCUAAAUAAGAAACCAAGUUCAUCUUAUGGCAAUCCGAUAUCGUGUUUGAUGUUUAAUUAAUUUUCUUUGAAGUAAACUUAUUGUUUUUUUGUUACUUGCAUAUCAUAUAGUAAGUUUUAUUUUUGCAUAUUCCAUGUUGAUAAAUGGUUUGAUAUUUACAUUAUUAAUAAUAAAACCAGUGUCAACUUAUUUUAUGUUCCUUAAAGAGUUGAGUUAGUUACUAAAAGAAUUAUGUUUUCAUAAUAUAUGAGCUAUAUGUACCUAUAAAGUGUACAGAAAUAAACUUAUCAUAGAUAACAA